GCUUGCACCCCUUGUAAUUAAUUUAUGUAAUUAAUUUCCCAACCUGGAGCUGGCGAUCCUAUCUGCAACAUCUCUGUAAUUAAUUUAUUAUCUCUGUGAUUAAUUUACUAUAAUUAAUUUCCCAACCUGGAGCUGGCAGCCCUAUCUUUAUCUUAAGAUUCCAAAAACUGCAGACCACAGGAGGCCUUCCAUCAGCAUUUGCAUUAUCUUUUUCAUCAUAUUUUUUAAAAAGUAUGCUGGAUAUCACACUUGAUGAAGCUUGUUUAUUGUUCUGUGAUAUUUUUCCAAUCCUAAUACAAAAUCCCAUAAGAGUUCAGUUUUGGAUUUUUGGGGAGUGGAUCAAAACAAGUACAGUUUCUAUCUUGGAAAGGAAAACAUUCCUGAACAAAAGUAAUCUUCUUAAAUUGUAUUGUUUUCAUCAGGCAACGGAUACAUAGAGAAAGAGAAAGGGAAAGAGAGAGAGCAAGAACAAAAUAAAGUUUUAUUCCAAGAAAGUGCAUUACUAUAAGAUUAAUCUAUUAUAUUUUAUUUGAAUGUCAAGACUCUGUUUGUAUUCAUGGAAGAAAAUUAAAAUAAUUUCAUGUUUCUUAAUUUGCAGGAGUAAAGCAAGCAGUGAAAUCAUAAUGACAGCAUGAACACUUUUCAAGCUGAAAGAAAACCACUCCUGGUACCUAUAGAUAAAGAAACAAAAUAUGAAGGAGAAAAUCGACUGACAAAGGUGGAACUACCUCUUCAAAAAUUUCUGAACAUCACAGUGGACAAGUGCCUUCCUGUAGUUUCUUUCCAUCAGGGAAUGUUUCCUGGUCUAACUCCGAAAGUUGUGGAUGAAUUGCCACCACCACCCAAAAUAGACAAAUACAAGCUGGCAAGAUUUUUAACGGAAAAGGCCGUCAGGGAAAAAAAAAUAUUUUCCAUUUCUGGACCGUACCCUGUAAUCCGUAAUUCUUUAAGGAAAAGAGGGUGGGUGGAAAGAAAGUACCUCCUUAAAAAUGACUCUCAUGAACAUAAAGAAGAUGGGAAUGAAACAGAAUGUGACAAUGGUGGGAAAAGCGAAAGCAAGCCUGCCCUGCGUGAAGAAGAAAUUCCUUAUAACACUUCAGGCGACAUCCAUGAUAUAAUGUCUAGGUUGGUAAGAAAUGAAGAAACUUUCUUCUAUUGGACUAUAAAAAGAGAUGCAGUUGAUUAUUAUAGUCUCCACAGUGAUCAGAUGCUCAAUCAUUAUGCAAGAACAGGCUCCUUUACUACCAAAAUUGGAGUUUGUUUGCACAUGAGGAAUUUGCCAUGGUAUGUGUCAGCAAACCCAAAUGCUUUCUUCCCUCGAUGUUAUGCCAUUUGCAUUGAUGAUGAAAAAUAUGAUUUUAUCCAGGACUUCAGGAAAACAGCAGCAUUUUCCAUACUGAAAUGGGUUGUUGAUUUGGAUAUGUCUGAUGAUCAUGACCCGUCAAGUACAGAAAGCCUUGAUAAAAAAGCUGGGACAACAGAUUCUAAUGAAAGUAACAUUAAGGAACUUCCAGGAGAAUUAAUAGAAAUGGCCCUCAAAGUGAGCGAAACCUACCUCCAGCAACUUGAACAUGCCGAUAUUGAUUUCGAUGCAGAGAAGUCCUCAGUGCUUUCUGACACAGAAUGGGAUAAGUUAAUUGAACAGUACUAUUCCCUCAUCCAUGAGGGUGCAGUGAUUUGCAAUGCAGGAAGCUAUUUCAUUCAGUGUCAAAAGAUCUUGCAUAAAAUCAUGCUAGCAAACCCUCAGCAUGAUAUUGAUGGUCUCCACAACAUCUGGAUUAUCAAACCUGGAGCAAAAUCUCGUGGCAGAGAAAUAGUAUGUAAGAAACGACUACAGGAUAUUCUAAAACUGGUUGAACCAACUGAUCAGUUUCCAAUAAAGGAUCAUAAAUGGGUGGUCCAAAAGUACAUUGAGUCACCACUAUUGAUUUAUGAUACAAAGUUUGAUAUUAGGCAAUGGUUUCUUGUCACAGACUGGAAUCCUUUGACUGUAUGGUUCUACAAAGAAAGCUAUCUGAGAUUUUCCACUCAGCGUUUUUCCUUGAACGAUCUACACAGUUCCAUUCAUCUGUGCAAUAAUUCCAUUCAGAAAAAUUACAAGAAUGCCACAGACCGCAGUUCUCAGUUGCCAUACCACAACAUGUGGUCAAGCAGCAAAUUCCAAGAAUAUUUAAAGAAGAAAGGACUUGGCCAUGUCUGGAAUAAUAUUAUCUAUCCAUCCAUGAAAAAAAAUAUAAUCUAUACAAUGAAGGUGGUGCAGGACCAAGUUGAACCACGGAGGAGCAGCUUUGAACUCUAUGGGGCAGAUUUUAUUCUUGGAGAUGACUUUAAACCAUGGUUGAUUGAAAUCAAUAGUAGUCCAACUAUGUUUCCUUCUACCCCAGUAACAUCAGAUCUAUGCACUCAGGUUCAAGAAGAUACAAUCAAAGUUGUUAUUGAUCGGAGGCAUGACAAAACCUGUGACAUUGGGAAAUAUGAACUUCUCUGGAGACAGCCUAUGCUGGAAAUUCCCCCAUUUAAUCCUACAGACCUUUUGGUUGAGGGAAUCAGUGUUCGGAGACUGAAAAAGCACAUGUCUGCUUUCAAUUUUAAUUUCCUUGAACCACUGAUGGCCAUGCCACAGUCUACAACCAACCAGGAAAAUAAAAGGGAGUCCAUGACACCUGUCAAUGACAAACAAAAUCCAAGAGUCAAAAACAGAAACAGUGUCUCUUGCAGUUUGCCCAAGACGCUCAAGAAGUCACAAGACAAAGAUGUUAAAGUUAAAACUGUCCCCAAAAGGCUGGCCAAGCCAAUAGACUUUCCUCGCAUAGUUGAUGGCCCUGAAGCAUCAUCUUUCACCGACAAAAAGAAGAAUACAGGAAUGAAAGAGUCCAGUCAUCAGCAUGGAAACCAAGGAGCCACCUGUUCUCAAAAGAUGCCAUCCUUAGACUGGGCAUUACUUCAGCCCUCUACAGAGACAGCCCUAACUUAAAUACAUGGACUGUGAUCCCCUGGACAAGAAUCAUGAACACAUCUGGGGCUUUCCCAUUGUCAACUAUUGAAACCGAAAUUUUCUGGUGUGCUCAAGGAGCUCUGCUGAUACUUA